AUGUUCGGAGCAAACUCCAGCCCGGAUGAAGAGCGGCCCAAGCCAUGGAGGUGCCCACCCCAGAGCCCGUGUACGUCGACGUGGACAAGGGACUGACGUUAGCAUGCUUUGUGUUCCUCUGCCUCUUCCUGAUUGUCAUGAUCAUCCGCUGUGCCAAAGUCAUCAUGGACCCCUACAGCGCCAUCCCCACCUCCACGUGGGAGGAGCAGCACCUCGAUGACUGAGGGGCUCCCAGACAGAGCCAGGGCUGCUCCAAUUCCCUCUGGGAAGGCUGGCACACCAACAGCCAUUCCCAGACAUGCAGGGCACAGGCAAUGUCUCCAAGAGCACAUCGUGUAAAUGAUUUCUGCUCAGCAGGUCAAGGUAUCAGCAAGCCAUUCUGGCAGCAGAGUUUACUACUAUGCAGCAACUCUUAUUUUACAGUUGUCAUUUUAACUCAAGUAGCACAAGGUUCUCCAGGUUUUCCUAAUAGAACUCUUGGUCUAGCACAGUUUGUCCCACCUUCAGUAUCACCCACAAAC